UGCUAAUGUUAUCAUCGUGCUCUAGAUAUACAUGAUUUGCAUGGUUCAAUAAAAACCACUAAUAAGAGUUGAAAGGUAAGAGCUGAAAAGUAAGAGGAGUAGUUGUUCAAAAUUUAAUAAUUGCAGAUAUGACUUUUCAUACAUCUACCACAUAAAGCCCGAUUCAUAUUGCUAAGUUUUCAAUUUUCAUUACUUUCAUCAUAAUAAACAACAGCUUCAAUUCCUGUCCUAAUAGAACACAAACACAACCAACAUGGUUAUGCCUAUUUCUUCAUUACUUUGCUCUCUUCAAAUUCUCUUAAUCAUAACUUUGAUAUCGCAAACAAUAGCUAUAGUUGUAUAUGACAAAAUAAACAAUUCCCACUAUAUGUGUGAUCAAACCAACAACAAAGCUAACUACACAGCCAAUAGCACCUACCACAAAAACCUCAACACAGUUUUAACCACUCUAACUUCCAACACAGAUAUCAACUACGGUUUCUACAAUUUUUCAUUCGGCAAAAACAAAGACAGAGUCUAUUCAAUUGGACUCUGUCGAGGCGAUCUUUUGCCAAAUGAUUGUCGCAGUUGUCUCAACGGCUCAAGAGACAAUCUCACAAGCGUUUGUCCAAAUCAAAGAGAAGCAAUUUUUUGGUCUGAAAAUGAAAGAUGCAUGUUGCGUUACUCCGACCGUUUAAUAUUUGGUAUCAUGGAAGAUGUUCCUAGGUUCGUUUCAGAUAACUUCGAAGAUUCAGUUGUUGGUUAUUCGUCAAAUAUAGUUGUUACAUAUUUGUUGAAUGAUUUAACAAGUAUAGCUGCGGAAGGUGAUUCUAGGAUGAAAUAUGCUGCUGGAAAUUUACCUGGUCCUAAGGGCGAGAUUAUAUAUGGUUUGGUUCAGUGUACACCUGAUUUGUCUGAAACUAAGUGCAAUUCAUGUUUAGUUGAGAGUCUUCAACAAAUUCAAAGUUGUUGUAAGGGUAAGAUUGGUGGAAGAGUUGUUAGGCCUAGUUGUAAUAUGAGAUUUGAAACAUCUUUUCAAUUUUAUGAACCUGGAGCAUCACCGCCAUCACCACUGUCUCAUCCGCCCAACACUACCGGAAGUACUACCAUUAGCAUCGCUAUAGCUGUGCCAGUUGCUAUUGUUGUUUUGGUCUUCAUUUUUCUCUUCAUCUAUUUGAAAAAAAGGAAGUCAAAGAAAAAGUUUGAAGAAAUUCAAGAAGAAGAUCAAGACGACAAAAUUGAAAUAUCUGAUUCACUACAAUUCAACUUCAACACCAUAAGCAAUGCUACAAAUGACUUCCUUGUUUCUAAUAAACUCGGAGAAGGAGGAUUCGGAAUUGUUUACAAGGGUCAACUUUUCAAUGGACAAGAGAUUGCUAUCAAAAGGUUAUCAAGAGAUUCUGGACAAGGCGAUUUGGAGUUUAAAAAUGAGGUGCUUUUAGUGGCUAGACUUCAACACCGUAAUUUAGUUAGACUACUCGGCUUUUGUCUAGAAGGAAGAGAGAGAUUACUUGUAUAUGAGUUUGUUCAUAACAAAAGUCUCGAUUAUUUCAUUUUUGAUCACGCUAAGAGAGGACAAUUGUAUUGGGAAAUGCGUUACAAAAUUAUUUUAGGUAUUGCUCGAGGAAUUCUUUAUCUUCAUGAAGAUUCUCGACUACGGAUUAUUCACCGUGAUCUCAAAGCAAGUAACAUUCUGAUAGAUGCAGAGAUGAAUCCUAAGAUAGUCGAUUUUGGUAUGGCAAGACUUUUUAGUGUGGGCCAAACUCAGAAAAACACAAAUAGAAUUGUGGGAACCUAUGGAUAUAUGGCACCUGAAUAUGCAAUGCAUGGAGAAUUUUCAGUGAAGUCAGAUGUCUUCAGUUUUGGUAUAUUGGUUCUUGAAAUUGUAAGUAGUAUGAAAAAUAAUGGUGUUCGUGACGGAGAAAAUAUAGAGUAUCUCUCUAGCUUUGCAUGGAGAAAUUGGAAGGACGGGACGUCAACAAAUACUAUAGAUCCCACAUUAAAUAAUGAUUCACAUAAUGAAAUAAUGAGAUGCAUUCAUAUUGGUUUACUUUGUGUUCAAGAGAAUGUAGUAAGCAGACCAACAAUGAAUUUUGUUUUAGUAAUUGUUGAAGCGGUAAAGCGGCAAGCAACAAAAGAUUUGGAAAUAUUUAUCCGGGAAUUAUCGUGUCCACAGAGAUUGGUGAUACCGAACCGCCGUUCGACGGAUUCUUAGUUCUUGAGUUCGAGUUAAAUGGGUUGAAAGUAAACAAGGAAAAUAUAACAUAUGAACAUAAAAUAAAUUCAUUCUUGAUAGAGAAUAGCUUAUCUGGUUUGAAUCUAAACUACUCCUCACAAACUUAGAUUAAUCACUCCGCCGUACUCAAUCUACAAUACUCGUCAGAAUCACCACAUAUCCCUCACAUCAAUGUCCAUUUCUGCAACAUCGACGGAAAUUCAACUAUAUUGCUCUUUCGACGAUGUCUCAACCGAUCAAACAACACAGAGACAUUAAACUCAGAUAUUAUGUGGAUGUUAACCCCAAUCCUAUGUCUAGAAUCAAAAGCUAACAGAUAUCCCCCUAAUCAAGAUUUGUGAUGUCUAUGUCUACAACAACAUAAAUCUAGAGCAUUUAAGCAAAAAGAUCAAGGAAACACCGAUUAAGAUUUGUAAAGCAAAUAUAUUAUACAACUAGUACAAAGAGUAACAAACAUCCAUGUGUUUAGAGUAAACUUACAAACAAACCCAACAAAAGUGGUUACAAAGAGAAGAGGAGGAGAAGAAAACCAAAUCUUUCGCGGUGUCAAUCACGAUCAAUCGAGCUCCCGACCAAGAAUCUUCCGAUUACAAGCCACAAAUAUUGUUUUCUAAGCUCUCCCUACUCAAAAAUGGUUAUGAUGACUUUGGGAACAAAUACCCCAAAGCAUAACCCUAAAAAAUGUGAUUUUUCCCUAUAUAAUGACUUUCCAAACCGCCCAGACCGCGCUUAGCGCGGUCAAGCCCGCUUAGCCCGCUCAACAGAAAAUUGAAAUCUUGUUUUGGCCAUAUCUUGAGAACCGUAACUCCGAUUUGUGCCCGGUUCGAAGCGUUGGAAAGCUUAUUUCAUGCUCUAUCUAACAAUGACAAAAUAUCAACCAAAUUGGUGAUUUAUUAUUAUUUGGUUUUGAGCUUUAUUCGCCGAAUGAAUUGAUUCCGCCGCUCAAAAUCGCGCGUUUGAAGCCGUGUCUUCGCCACGUUAUUGCUCAUGCUCCAAAUACGCCUCAAUACCUACAAAAUGAAUAGAAAACUAUCAAAAAGUAUAAAAGUAUAUGAAAAUACAACUAUUCACAAAGUAUACGUAUUUAUACACAAAACGGGGAAUUAUUCAAAUGGUAUUACAAAAAGUAUCGAUAAGUGCCACUAUUUACAAACACAAAAUAACUACAUUUUGGCACUUAACAAACUCUCCCCAACUUGAAUUUGUUUGUCCUCAAACAAGGCCAAACACUC